AUGUCGACUUCACGUACUUCACCACGCUCUCAGCCUUCUGAAGGCGUCAAUCUGGAAGCAUUAGGUAAGUAUCAUAUGAUUUUUAUUUUAAUUCUUGAUUUUUAUGGGCUGAAUGAGUAUGAAUUUGUUGUGUAAUUAUCUCUUCUUGUUUUAGUGGCCGAACACGCUGAUCUGGCGCAGAAAUUGAAGAACAAAAAGAACGAAAUUGAGCGUAAGUACAAUAUUCUUAUUCUUUUUGUCGUUUUAGUAGGCACGAAUUUUUGUGUGUAUAGUGAAAAAAUGAUUCUAAAACUAUUCGUAAACUAUAAUUUAGGUAAUGAAUUUAAAUUUCUGUGUUUUUAGAGUUUGACAGUCAUUUACAAGGUUUGGUAUUGGCUAAAUCAAAUGCGGAGCGAGAUGGUAAAGCAAAGUCGGAGCAGUUGCAAGUUCUUCGAAGAUUACACACGGAAACACAGAACUUGAUGAGCUCAAACAUCCGCAGCAACUCAAUGAUAAAGUCUUUCUUUAACAUUGAAGCUUUUUGCUUUGUAAGUUAAUUUUUGUUUUUUAAAAUUAUUUUAGGUAACAAUGCUAAAUCGAGUUUUUUCGUAAGAAACUUAUGAACUUUUAUCUGAUAAUUAUGGUUUUAGGCAGAAGAUGAUGAGAAUGAAGUUCGUAUUCCAACACUAGAUGAGUUGAAUGUAAGAAAGGUGGCGUAUGAAGAUGGAUUGUCACGAAGAAAGUGGCUUCCUGCUUUGAAUAAGGUAUGUCAUUCACAUUAAAGUUUUGUUCGGUUUUUGGCUAUUGCAAUAUAUUGUCGGCUUUCUAUGUAUUACAUUUGAAUUUAUAAGGAGCUAGGAAUAAAUACAUGGACUCGAAAAAUUUUUAUUGAUUUUGUGGUUUUUUUUUACAAUUUUAGGUAACAAAAUGUUUUAGGCAAAAUCAGAAACACAAUCAGCAGAAGAAGAAGCAGCAAAGUUGAAAGCACAGUAUGAAAACGAAGAAAGACUUUACUACGAAACUGAAAUGAAGUGUAAGAUACUUUUUUGAUAUGUCUUUAAGCCUAUAAUGUCUAUUAUUUUAUUUUUGAAGGCUUUAUAUGUAACGUAUGCGUAAUGUUGACGCUAAAUAAUAUUUUUAAAAUUAAAUUUAAAUGCUUUAAGUGAAAAGAUACAACGAUUUGGACUACAUUAAGUUUAUUGUGGAUUGUGCGAGUUGCGCUGUCAAAUCGAAGGCAUUGAAGAAGACAUUGGCUGGAUUGUUGGUCAAGAACGCAAAGGUUGGAUAUUAUUUAUCUUGACUACACUUAAUAUUUGAGCUUUUUUUGAAGUAUUUUUAUAUGUAAAAUACGCUAUGCUUACUUAUGUGAUUUUAGCUUCAAGAAAAGAACGAUUCGCUGGAAGAAGAUCUCGAACUCUCUCAAAAGAAGGAAUUUAAGGAGAUCAAGCCCAGUGAAUUGAUGGAAAUUAAUCAACGUGAAUUAAAGAAAGCUAAUCACGGUGAAUUAAAACAGGUAAAUCACGAUGGAUUAAGGGAGGUAAAUCAACGUGAAUUAAAGAAUAUUAAUCACGGUGGACUAAAGGAGGCUAAUCACAGUCAACCGAAGGAACUUAAUCACAGUCAACCGAAGGAGGUUAAUCACAAUCAACCAAAGGUUCAUCACGGGCAAGUAAAGGAAAGCAAUUACGGUUCAAAUGGUCAUAAACAAGAAAAAUGUGAAGAACGGAUUGAUGAUGUUGUUGGCAAACUUACUCAAGAGUCUCCAAAGAACAACGGCUUUGGUUCGCUCAUCCAGGACGAAAGUAAGUUGUUUUAGGUAACAAAGUUUUGAUCGUGCUUUUUUUACUUAACGUAUUUAAGGUUGCAAUGGAUAUCUUUUUAGUAAACUAUUGUUGAUUUAGAUAUGGGUCGAGAAGCGAAACAAUCACAACAUGAUCAAGAUGAAGAGGAAAGCGAUUGGCCUAGUCAGGGUAAGUUAAACUAAUAUAUCUUAACAUUCUUUGUUAUAUUGUGUAAAACUAGACAUAGAAUGUAACUUAAUGUAAAUUCGAACUGACAAUAAAACUUUUAGAGGAAGAAAAUGACGAGAAUGAACAGAAUGACUCGGUCAUGUUAAUUGAUGAUGAACAAAACAAGUCCGACAGUAUUAUAUAUGAAAAAGAGAACGAUAUUGGAGGGGAAAGUAACUCACAAGAGGAGGAGAACGUUAACAACUCGUUCAAUGUUGGAUUCAAUUUUGGGAACGAUAACAAUGACAGCAUUAUCAUUGAUGAGGUAGGCUGGAAAAAGGAUAUUUUAUGUCAAUUGAAUUUAGUUUAUUAAACAAAUAAAUAUUUUAUUUUAGCCAGAAAAAGAAGAAAACGGUUUCAACGACUCGGUCCAGUCCUUAUCUCCUGUAUACUUAUCUCCUGAGAAGAAUGUUCAGAAAUCUCCGAAAUCGCCUGUUUUUGCUGUUCCGAAAGUUCCUGGAAAACGACAAAAGCCGAAGAAGAACGAGCCGGUCUUUAAUUUGGAUGGUAUGUUUGACAUUGCCUGUUUACUUCUUUUUUAAACAUUAAAAAUUAUUUAACUUUUUAUUUUUUAUCUUCAGAUAACUAUUUUUUUUAGAUAAGUCAUUCAACUUCAACAACUUUGACCCAUCGAAAGAAACCUCUCAAAAUGACGAACUUCUGGAGCGACUGAUCGAUACAAGCCAGAAUUCUGUGGAUCCAGGUUCAGACUUUCUCCAAUUGGUGAGCAACUCGUCUGACAAUGAUGCUGGAGGCUUCAAUUUCAAUUUAUUUGACACGGCUGACAACGACAACAAUGGGGAGGAUCAGCCGUUCAACUUUAGUAUUGGCAGUGGAAACAAGGAUGGAAGUACCACAAACUUUUUUGGAUUUUAA